UGCACAGACCAAUGCAAUAGCCGGUCCAAGCAUACAAGCACUAGGCAACUGUUCAGUUCAAUGAUAAACACUCACAUAGUACACAAGAAUAGUAGUAUAUGCACACACCAAUGCAAUAGCCGGCCCAUGUAUACAAGGACUAGGCAAUCGUUUAGUUCCUUCAAGCGCAAAUUGUCGUAGUGGUGCGCUUGGAUUGAGCAAUCUGUCGAACACUCACAAAAGACACUAACACGGGUUUACGCUAUCCAUCGUACUCAAGUACUUCAUGGCAUAGCAUCAUCGUACAAAUAAAGAAUACUACACUUACAACCACCACUCCCCAAAUUAUUUCAGUAUCAGGAUUAUGUUGAACGCAGGUCUAAUUGUGCGCACCGUGCACAAAAGGUGUACGUGGCAUUCUGUGUGUGCACAGAUGCAUAUGGUUCAACCCCACACUCCUAAGACACCGUUGCUACUCGCUCGAAGCAAGCAAUACAGCACUACCACGCACACAAUAACAACUCCAUGUGGGUGUCACAGUACAGACCAUUUGCAUGGCUACAAGAGUCUCGCGCAAGGCACACCUAUCAAUACCACACAAAUAAAAACACGUCGUCGUCUACACACAAGCUAUCCUAGAUGUUCAGCGGAAACACACACACACAAACAUGAUACGACUCACACAUCUGCAAGCACAUCGACUACCGCGUCUCUACAAUUCCGUGCGCGUAGUAAUCAGCGUUUCUCUCUGCGCCACACACAAUAUCCGCUGAAGGGGAGUGUGGAUGCCUACUUAGACAGUAUUAUACAUAGCCCUUCGGCGACUCGUGUGUCUGUAGCCAGGCGUGCAUUGGAGCGACUCAGCCCUACCGCAGAACACGGAGGGGCGUCUGUUGGGGUGACGAAGGAAGGCUCGGGCAUGGGAGAUAUAAGGGGUAUAAACUACUCCUCAUUGAUAGAUCAACCUCUACACAGUACAGUUAUCACCAGGGCACAGGAAUAUGUGCAGGAUUUUGCACGGCAGGUGGUCAAAGGGAAACGAGCCAAGAACGAGAGCGUCAAGAACUGGGCGAGUGAUGCCGAGAAAUACGGGCUGCGUAUGCGUGUGGAGGAGACUCGUACAACACAUACACACUCGGACACGCCUACAGAUAAACCUACAGACACGCAUACAAACAUCCAUGCUAUUGCCACACACACACAGUAUGAGGUAGAUGGUGCUGCUCUACAGGAAGAUGUUGGUAAUGGUAGAGUGCUGGCACAAGGCGAGUCUCUCAGGGCCGAGAGUAUUGAAGAGGGUCAAGUCUAUGGACAGACUAAAUCUGACAGACCUGGUGGCGUAGAAACAGACACUACCACUAGUUUACAUACAGAUACAAGCAACGCCACUGUGGGCAGCGCACCUGGCGAACUAGCAGGCACACCUGAGAAACUAUUGCACACACCCUGGGAAACAACCCUGGCAAAUAGAGGAGCUAUGACCACGCAGAACCAGACUGUAGGAGGAGACAGACCCAAAGAGGAUAAGUACAUGCUCAAAAACCUGGCAACUGAAGUCCACCGCAUGAGGAAGGCUAAGAACUCGGGGUAUUUGAGGGAUGCGGAGAGUAAGGUAGACGCCCUGAUGUCACGCCAAGCACUGGUAUCAGCCGAUGCCACGCACGCGAUAGCUAUCUACAAGGACGUACAUCAGCCGCAGAAGGCUGUGCAGGUGCUGAGAUUGCUGCAAACCCGGCAGCACCCGGUAUUCGCCUACCACUACGCACCCGUUGUCGCUGCUCUGGGAGCGGCAGGGGAUAUAGAUGGCGCGUUUGAGAUGUUUAUUGACAUGGACAAGCAUAAUAUCCGCAAGAACACGGUUGUGUAUGCGAGUCUGAUGCAUGUGUACGUACGAGCGGGCCUGGGGCAGGUGGCCAUUCAUCUCAUGCGUGAGAUGCGGCUGGAGGGUAUCACACCCGAUGAAUUGGUCUACAACACGGCUAUAGGUGCCUACGGCCAGAACCAGCAAUGGGACCGUGCGCAUGGGCUGUUGGAGGAGAUGCGAGCGAAUGAUAUCGUCCCGUCUGUCGCAACGUAUAAUGCGUUCCUCACAGCGUAUGCCAACACUGAUCGGUUGUCAUCUGUACAGCAGCUCAUGGAGGAGAUGAGACAGAGGGGUGUGAACCCAGACACAAUGACAUACAGCAUUGCCAUUGACGUAUGUGCCAAGAUUGGGGAGUACAACAUAGCUAUGAAUCUGUAUAACGACAUGAGUAAGGAUAAGGUGACACGCAGCAAAGCCAUCUACAAGUCUCUGAUGACAUUAUGUGCAACGUAUGGUGAGGCCGAUAUGGCCAUUGGAUUGCUGAGUAAAAUGAGCGAAGAGAAGGUCAAGGUCUCUUAUUCUACCUACGUAGCAGCCAUACGUUCAUGUGAAAAGAACCGGCAGCACGAUACGGCUCUGAAAGUGUUCCAGAUGAUGUUUUCGAAUGACGGGAAACGACCGGGUCCUGCGGCCUACAACGCAGUUAUGAAUGUGCACAACGCCAGCGCUAUGUUCCAAACAUCUGUGAACAUUCUGCGUGGCAAAUCACUUACGAAAGUCGGCGAUGCCGAGACGUAUAACCUAGGCAUCACUGCGUGUAGCAUGGUAGGCAAUAUGGAUAAAGCGGUGCGCUUGAUGCAUGAUAUGCGGGCCAAGGGCUUCACACCUACAGCACAUACAGGCCUUGCAAUAGUGAAUGCAUGCUGUAAGGCCAAGCGGUGCAAAGACGCUGUGGCGAUGUUAGAGCUCGUGGAGGCAACAGACGAACAACCCCAAGACACGUUGUAUAAUAGUGUCAUUGGGGUAUGUACGUGGAAGGGGGAAUGGAACGUUGCCGUGAGUAUUGCGGAUCGUAUGCGUCAGAAGGGUAUUAGGUGGAAUGCGGGAACCUAUAGAAAUGUUGUAGCGUCUCUGGUGGAGAUAGGCGGAGCUAUCGAUCGAAUUGAUGAGCUAUACGAGCAAAUGACUGGCGAUUUAGAUGCUGUGAGAAAUGUGUGGGCCGGUUUCCACAGGACAGGGACACUCGACCUUAGCCUGCAUAGCCCGUACACGGCACAGGCGGCAAUAAGGCGGCUAUCUCAAAACCUGGCAAAGCAGCAGAAGGAAAAUCCUAGCAAGACCCAACGAAAUAUUGUCUGUCCAAAGAUAGUUGCAGGCACGCAGGCAAUGUUCAGUGCUGUGCAUGCAGAGAUGAGCAACAUGUCACCUCCUCUGACAGCGGUGACAUAUGUCAAUGGAUUGGUUGUGAUUGACGCGAAGGAGUUUGAGAAAUGGAUGCAGCGAUGAUAGCACACAAAUGUUGCCCAUCACCACAGUCAAUCGAGGAAGGCUCGGAACCGCGCGCCUCAAUGCAGACGCUGUUAAAACGAUUAUAGUUAUGGUUAAAAUAUCGGAGAACGCCCCAGACGUGGGAUUCUAG